UCGCCUUGCUCCUCUCGUCAGGGCUGGCUCUGUUUGCUUGCGUCUUUUCAUUUUCUUCUGGUCGGGUCAUCGUCCUUUUAUUUGUUUCUUAUUCUUUCUUCGUCGUCGUCGUCGUCGUUCAACACACGAAAUCCACAGUAUAGCACCAACAGCUUGGGACAGGAACAAGCGCCUACAAGCGCAUACCAUUUUAGACCACUUUAUCUUGUGUUGCCGAAAGCGCAUCCAAUCGCCCGCUUUCCUUUUUGCAACUGAACCCCUCUGCUGGCCACGCUUUCUUCGCCAUCCCAGCAUUCCACGGCUACCAACGCAAGGUAGGUGCUAUUGACUCCUUCUUUUUUUUCCCCCCCAGCGUUCGGGCACUUCGGGUGCUUCGAUGUCUCAUCUGGUCCCGAGCCUCCUCCACUCUACUCUGGCACUCCCUCGACCAGCCUACCAGCAGCCGACCACAGCCUUUCGCUACCUACCUACCUACCUACCUCUGUCGGCAGCUCACUCCCAACUAUCAUCCAUUUACGUCUCUGGAGAAUUGUGACGCAUCUCUAAAUCGGGUGUGGCUUUUCUGCGCCUGUCCUGCUGGCAGCAGCAGCCAUCAGGCCCCCGGCCUCCGGGUUCCAGAUUCCAGAUUCGGCCAAGGAUCCAGACAGCUGAGGACCGGACACCGGACCUUGGGGACAGAAAAUUGACAUCGAGCGGUAUCUGUCUGGAGAUUGGAUCUUGACCCUUCCACAUUCCAGUUGAGGUACCCCGAUCCGCCCCAUCACAUACUACCAGUACCUGCUUUUGCCUUCGCUGAUACUACACACAUCGCCCUUCAUCCAGCGACAGAUACAUGCUGUGGACGACACUCUAAUCCUGCACACCUGACUGGCGGCACACACACACACACACACACACAUACUGGCAUACAUACCUCACACACGGAUAUCCCACGUCCAUCCGCAAGCUCCCACUGCCCUGGCCCCUCCCUCACAUCUACUUGUUGGACAUUGAUGGCUAAAGAAAGGAUAGCAGAGAACUGUACAAGUUUCCUUUUGUAGCGGCUGUCCUGCGGUUCUGCACACAAGCAUCUGUCUUCGAGCCCUGGGUGACCCCAGGAGCCGACCCUUGGCACGCCCACGCACGCCGUCAAGAGAAAACUGCAGAAACAAGUGCGGGAACUGUGAGUCUGUGGUGACGCCAGCAAAGUUACCUCACCCUUGAAAAUAACGGCCACUUGUGGUUGGGGGCUUGCUAGGCGUGGCCUGGUAGGCCUGGCUCAGCAGGCAGAAAGCGCUGCCACUCAACUGGCCUGGAAAACCACGGCUGGGUCAAGUCCCGUCUCGGACCCGAGCGGCCCGUCUGCAUCCGACCAAGCUUCACGGGGACCCCCGCAACACGCUUUUACAUAAGUCAAGGUAGUCGACUGGUGGCCAACAUGGCUUCGGAGCUUACGCCGCCGGACCAGCGGCAUGACUACCUUCACCAGCACCCGCAACCCCCGUUGCCGCCCUCGUCGUCGUCGUCGGAGCAGAGGCAUUCCGUCGGCGUCCAUUCCCUUCAGGCCGUCGCUGAACCCUCGGUGAUGAAGUUGACGCGAGGCCAUUCAUGCGUCCUUUGUCAGCAGCGCAAGGUCCGUUGCGACAAGCAGAAACCUUGUGCCAACUGCGUCAAGGCCGGCGUCGAGUGCCGCGUUGUCCCGCCCCAGCCGCCUAGGCGCCGCAAAAAGAAGCCGCAUGAGCGGGACCUCAUCGACCGCCUCAAGAAAUAUGAAUCCCUCCUUUCGCAGCAUGGCGUCAACUUUGAGCCCAUUGCCCACGACCUCAAAAUAUCGGAAUGCGUCGACGAUGUUGCCGACCUGGAGCAGGACCUUAGCGGGCUCAAGACAUCCCCUUCGAGUGCCGCAGAUCAUGUCUCGCCUGGCGAUCAGGGAUAUGAUAAGCAAAAGUGGUUCCCAUAUAACAAGGAGUUCCGAGCCAUGGACGAGGAGCUUGCAGAUUCCUCCGAUGAGGAUUGUGAGGGGCCAACACUCCAUCAUGCAUACGACACGAUGUUCGAUAACAACGAUGGCUUCCCUUUCGUCGUCGGCGGAUCUCCUACCAGCGUGACCAAUUCGCACCCGUCCUCGUUUCAGAUAUUCCAGCUAUGGCAGACCUACAUCACAAAUGUUAACCCACUCUUAAAACUCAGCCACACUUCCUCUCUGCAGAAGCAAAUCAUAAGUGCUGGCGCAAAACCGGCAAAUAUCCCCAAGCCUUUGGAGGUUCUCAUGUUCGCCAUCUACUUCUCUGCUGUUACAUCGAUGACUGCUGAAGAAGUUCAGACCGAAUUUGGAGAAGACAGGACUAUACUGUUGGCGAAAUACCAUGGCGCAACACAGCAGGCUCUGGUCAAUGCUGGCUUUAUGAGAUCAAACGAGAUCAUGACCUUGCAAGCUUUCCUGUUGUAUCUGCUCUGUGUCCGCCAAUAUGUUGACCCACGCUCGAUGUUUUGCUUGAUGGGUAUUGCCGUCAGAAUUGCGACCCGGAUGGGCAUUCACAAGGAUGGACAACAGUUUCGGUUACCUCCGUUUGAGGUGGAGCAACGAAGACGUCUAUGGUGGCAGAUUGUUAUUUUGGACAAGCGAAUAGCAGAGAUCACUGGUUCGGCCAUUACCGCGUUAUCGAGCUGCGGCGGUGAUUGCAGAUUCCCCCUAAAUAUCAACGACUCGGAUCUCAACCUCCACGGAAAGGACUUCCCGACUCAAUACCCCGGCCCGACCGAAAUGCUAUUCACCCUCACCCGGAUUGAGUUAACGGUUGCCGCGGAGCCUAAUGGACUUCGUGCUGUCGUGACUACACCUGGAGGGACUCGCGUCACGCAGCCGCGAGUACAUUUCAGCCCAUCUCCGGCGUCACCAGAUGUUGUUACCCACGUUGCAAACACCAAUUUGCCGCGCGAUUUGGAAAGUUUUUGCACGUAUAUGGAGAAUGCUUACCUCAAGUAUUGCGACCCCAAGGUACCUCUGCACUUCUUCACCCUGUUGGUGACAAGGCAAGCGCUCGGCAAACUCCGAGUUAUUGACUUUCUCUGUCGCGAAGCCACCCAGGGUGUCAUGGACCACAAUGAACGAGACGCACUUUUUGAGCAGGCCAUGCUGAUGGUUGAAUAUGACAACAUGUUGCAGGGCAAUGAGGCUUUGAAAGGAUUUAAGUGGUACACUAUGCUCAACUUUCCGUUGCCGGCCUACAUUUUCCUUGUACAGGAUCUGAGAACGCGCACGACUGGUGCGCCCUGCGAGCGUGCCUGGACUCUUAUGAUCGAGAACUUGGAACGCCGUGGCUUGACAUCUAAUUUGCGUACACCGAUGCAUAUCGCUCUCGGCGGCUUCUUUGUUAAGGCCUGGGAUGCCCACGAGGCGGCGCAGAACCAACUUGGACGUCAUUUACAGACGCCGAAAAUAGUGACUCUGAUGCGCAAUACGGCAGCCAAGUUCAAACGACCAAACAGUCCUCCGCAAGUUGGUAGUGGUCCAGUCGGCGGUGUUGGUGGCAGCAUGUCCAUGUCAUCGGAUCCACGACAGUCCGUGGCCAACUCGGCUACGCCGCCAGGAAUGAUGCCCACGGCAUCCAUGCCUCCUGCUAUGGCGGGCAUGGCAGGCCCUCAUGGGCUUCCUGGCGUCGGCAUGCAGGCGGGAAUGUACACGACACCCAAACCGAUGCAGCAAACGCCACAGACUGAUACGUCACCGCAAAUGGGUUCAGCUAGCAUGAUGAUGAACGAGUCGAUGAUGUUCGGAUCGCCCAACGGAGGCUUCGAUACUGGCAUGGGCCAGAUGUUUGGGGCUGGAGCGCCAGCGCCACCGUCAGCAGGCUCAAUGGAUCUCGACAUUUCGCAGAUGGAUUGGAAUUAUCUGGUGCAAUUAAGCUCUUUCGGAGGGUUCAAUCCGAAUUACUCGGCGCAGAUGCAAUACCCUCAUCAACCGGGUCCGGGGAAUCAGUAAGGGAGGCUAGGAGAUAGGCGACGUGAAAUGUUGUGUUUAGAACAGUGAUACCCCCGAUAAACCCCCCGAAUACGUUUGGUCGAAUGUGUUGGUGUGUUGAUGUUUGUUGGGUGGCUUGUUAAGUGUGGUUAACUGAGUGAGAAUCUCCUCUCAAGGAUUAGAAGUACGAGGUAACGAAAGCUAAGUAUAGGGGUAUUUGUCCGAUUAUAUCAUGAAGCUUGAGGUACAUUGUGGUUAUGAGGUCAAUCGGAGCAUACAAAAGGAGGAAUUGAGGGACAACAACUAUGGACCGGUGGAGGAACAUUCUGAGUGAUAUAUAACAACAGCUUACGAGUCUGGAACUGUAUGUAUGUCUAAGGUGAUAAGACACUGCGUCCUGUGUGUAUGAGCUGUUUGCUCUACGUGGGGUAGUGUGCUUUGUGCAAGCGGAAGUUAGUUUAGUAAGUACCUGCGUGUGCAUCUGUAUCUAGCAAGCUAGAAAGAAAAGGCUUGGAACCUCCGUUGGUAUGGUUGCAUAGUCCGC